AUGGUCAUUCAACCCACCCUGAUGCCACGCGCCACCGCGCUUUGGGAGCGACAAGACGACCCGUUCAGCCUCCCCGGCAUCUUCGACGGUCCCAGCAACACCGACUCGGUCGUUUCUUCUUCCACGCCCAGUUCUACACGCUCGAGCACCUCGUCGACAACCAGCCGCCGUACUUCCACAACUUCUUCUACACCCACCACCUCGUUCACCCCCUCGACGACGUCCACAUCAUCUACGUCAUCCACCACUUCGUCCUCCACCUCGAGCACUCCCACCUCUACCUCGACGACCUCUUCCGCCUCCUCCACCGUCAUCACCACCUCCUCACCCUCGACGCUCGUCACCACUUCCAACCUUGUCUCGGGCACCAGCACCUCUCCAGUCGUCAAAACUAUUGUCGUCACCCCCGUCGUCACCGCCACGUCCUCGCCCAACAGAGCUGAUGCCAACCGCUCCAGCGUCAAUGGAGGACUCAUUGGCGGUGUUGUGGGCGGUGUCGUCGGUGGCCUUGCGCUGCUGGCCUUGCUGAUCGCCCUCUGCGUCAUGGCAAGCAGGCGCAAGUCGCGCACCGGUCACGCCUACUUCCUUUGCUUUGGCGAGCGUCCUUCGCAUAACAAGGGCGGCGAUCUUGGUCACAGCGGUGGUGCCUGGCCUACUUUUGAUGCUCAGAACGACCACGCUCCCUUCAGCUACGCCACCGGUGCUGCCGGUGCCGCUGGCGCAGGUGUUGCUGGCGUCGGUGCCGCCGCUGGUUCUCGCAGCCGCCGUCAUCGCCGCGAGCAGACGAAUGCAACUCUGCCUGCUGAAUUCGCAAACGAGGAGGACCCGGAGCGAUACGGCUACACGGGCUCGUCGGCUGCCCACGGUGCCUCGUACCAAGACUACCAGGGAUACGAUGCUUACAACGCAUACGGCGCCAAUGCUUAUCCCGACAUGCAGGAGCGUCCAGCACGCAACGGUGCCAGCGCCCUCGCCGCCGGUGCAGCUGCUGGUGGUGCUGGUACCUAUCUCUACAACAACGCAAGCCCGGGUAACAAUCACAAGAGACGCUCUUCUGCGGGUCAUCCCUCGUACGGCGCUUCUCACGACGGAUACGCCAACAUGUCGCCCCAACCCACGACUGCUACAGAGACUGCCCCUGCUCCUUGGUCUCUGCCCAUGAUGGGCUGGCAAGAUACUCACGGUCCUUACUCGGUCGCUGGCGUUGGCCAGAACCUCGCUGGUACCGGCGCCGGUCCGCAGGCUCAGUUCAUGGUCUCGCCCUCGGAAGCCAAUGCGGCUGCCGCUGCUCGAGCUCCGCAGCCAUCUGCUCCCCAGACGCGCUCGCCCGGGCCAGAUUACAGCCACUUCGAUCCACCCGAGGUUCGUGAUGCUCGAGCACGCGAAGCUGCCGCUGUUGCCUUGGGCCGUGGAAACUCCUCCACUUCCAACAACCAUGGCAACUCGGCCAUGCCUACUUCUCCUCGCAGGCAGAGCCGACGUCUCUCGCCCAACCACGGCAGCCCCGUUAGUGACCACGUUGGCUUGGUCGGUGGCAUGGGUCCGCCUGCUUACGUGGAUGCGCAGGACGCGCUUGAGGAGGUCGACGAACACCCGCGUCGACUGCAUCUCACUAAUGCUGAGCCCGACGUGACGGAUGACGACAGCUCCAGAGGCGGUCCCAACCGUCGUCCUGCUCACAACCAUAAUCACAAGGAUCCUCCUCCGUCCUCGACCUAUCGACGCAAUUAA